CACAGCCGGUUCACACUUCUCUCUCUGUGCUCACUGUGUGCGUGUCUCCUCAUGGCGCUCAUUGCUGAGGUACGGCCUGGGACAUUUCUUCUCCUGCGCUGUUAGAUUUUGUUUAUUGCCAAAAUGUGGAUCUCCAGUGGUCUGAGUGCUGUCGAGGGGCUUCAUGAAUCAGCGGUCGAAGGGGAGGUGAAGCAGCUGAGAUAACCUAGCGAGUGCUAUGGUGGGACCUCCUGGAAGUACAAGAGUUCGGCUUUCCCAAAAUUUCAGCAGUUUGCAUAGAGGCAUGGAUCUAACCAAGAGCUUAGUGGUCUGAGCACAGCCAGUUUGGUGGGCCUGCACAACCUUUUCUGGACCAACCACCACCUUACCAUCAUUGUACAAGUGACAGACCUUCACACACUCGAGCUCCCUAGUAAGACAACAACACCCACACAGCAGACAUGACAGACAGAGGUUAUAGCGCAUCCAAAGCAAACCUCCGACCCGCCGCACCCCCUGUGCUCCCACCUGAGCCGAUCGACAUCAUUCGGAUCAAGGCCCGCUCCCGACGGGUCAGGCUCAAUGUUGGAGGCCUCACACACGAAGUCCUAUGGAGAACGCUAGACCGGUUGCCCAGAACCCGUCUGGGACGCCUGAGAGACUGCAACACCCAUGAGUCAUUGCUGGAGAUUUGCGAUGACUACAGCCUCAAUGAGAACGAGUACUUUUUCGACCGGCACCCAGUGGCCUUCUCCUCCAUCUUGAACUUCUACCGAACAGGGAAGCUGCACAUGAUGGAGGAGAUGUGUGCCCUGUCCUUUGGCCAAGAGCUGGACUACUGGGGUAUUGAUGAAAUCUACCUGGAGUCCUGCUGCCAGGCACGGUACCACCAGAAAAAGGAGCAGAUGAAUGAGGAGCUGAGGAGGGAGGCAGAUGCGCUAAGGGAGAAUGAUGGGGAAGAGGAGGAGCAUGGCUGUUGUCCCGACAAAAGACAGAAGCUCUGGGAUCUGCUGGAGAAACCCAGCUCAUCUGUGGCUGCAAAGGUACUGGCCAUGAUCUCCAUCCUAUUUAUUGUCAUUUCCACCAUCUCAUUGUCUCUCAACACAUUGCCUGAACUGCAAGUGGUAGAUGAAUUUGGCCAGUUCAAUGACAACCCCAGUCUGGCCCACGUGGAGGCUGUGUGCAUUGCCUGGUUUACCAUGGAGUAUAUGCUGCGCCUGCUCUCAGCACCCGACAAGUGGGAUUUCAUCAAAGCACCACUAAACAUCAUUGAUUUGCUGGCUAUAAUACCUUACUAUGUGACCCUCUGCCUAACUGAGUCUAACAAGAAUGUGAUGCAAUUCCAGAAUGUGCGCCGUGUGGUCCAGAUCUUCCGAAUUAUGAGGAUCCUGAGGAUACUGAAGCUAGCCAGGCACUCAACAGGGCUUCAGUCUUUAGGCUUCACUCUGCGAAGGAGCUACAAUGAGUUGGGUCUGCUCAUCUUGUUCUUAGCCAUGGGCAUUAUGAUCUUCUCUAGCUUGGUGUUCUUUGCAGAGAAGGAUGAGGAUGCCACCAAAUUCACCAGUAUCCCCGCCUCCUUCUGGUGGGCUACAAUUACUAUGACCACUGUUGGUUAUGGAGAUAUCUACCCUCAAACCCUGCUGGGUAAGAUUGUGGGAGGGCUUUGCUGUAUAGCAGGUGUGUUAGUCAUUGCCCUUCCUAUCCCAAUCAUUGUCAACAACUUCUCUGAGUUCUACAGAGAGCAAAAGAGGCAGGAGAAAGCAAUCAAGAGGAGGGAAGCCCUUGAAAGAGCCAAACGGAGUGGAAGCAUUAUCUCUAUUAACCUAAAGGAUGCUUUUGCACGUAGUAUGGAACUCACAGAUGUGUUAGUGGAAAAGAGAGAGGACAGCAAGUGUCCUGUGGAUAAUCACCUCUCACCCAGCCGCUGGAGCUACCACAAACACUACACUAAUGCCGAGGUGGCUACUCCAGCUAGGUCUCAAAAUUCUCAUUAUCAGGAAGUAGCUCAGCAGGGCUCUCCUGAACGAGCCAAGCUCUCAUCUAACAAAACUACCCCUCAACACCUCAGUGCAAAGAGGCUAGAAGAGACGUACAACAAGACAGCAACCACCCAGGAACAACGGGACAAAAUUAUAGAGGAGCAGGUAGAGAUGAAAACAAUGACCUCCACACAAGUCCAGCAAGAUUCCCCUGAUGUCAGCAUUAUCAGGAAAUUAUCCAAUGUAACUGAUGAUAUUUCAGUGGAAAGGGGGGGGGGAAGCUCUCUUGUGUUGAGUGCUGAAGGAAGUCAAACUGGUGCUAGAAACCAACGCAUCCCCCCUCCUUUGGAUCUAAGUCAGAUAAGCACCAUGGAAGUAAACAGGGGCCCUGACAGCAUCCAAUCAGGUACUAUCAUCAAAGAGGGUUUGUAUGAGUUUGUGUCUUGCCCCAGAGGAAGUGGGGCUGGGGAUAUGAGUUUGGUGUCACAGAGUGUGGAAAGCGUUGGAGCUACCUAUGACAGUACCUGUAGCUCCUUGCAAGGUUAUAGCAGCACCCAAAAGUCAGGAGCCCUAAAGGUUGACUUCAUUGGAUCCCAAGAUGACGUGCUUAUGGCUGUGAUGACACCUAAUGCAACCCCAGCCUCUACUGGCUCAACUAGGCUUGCUCAACUACUUUCUGAUGACAUUAUCUCCCGGUUUUCUCCACCUCCAAGUUAUGCAACACUGGAAGUUAAGUCUCCGCUGGCGAUCCUGCAAUCCCCAUCUCUGCCCCAGCAAUCUGUCAGUCCAGGCUACUCCCAUGGGGGAGGUGAGGGCUCAGCAGCCAGGAGCUUAGAAGGUGAAGGGCAGCUCACAGGCUUAAGCCACCAGAGAAAGAAUCACAUGGAGAGGUCUGUCAUUGCCUCAAGUAGCAGUGUUAGCCCACUGUCGUCAAAAGCCUGCCCCCUCAACUGCACCCAGCAGCUAGUGACUAUGGAAGGAGGGGAGGAAGGAGCAGAGGAGGAAGCAGAACAGUGUGGAGAGAAACAAGAAAAUCACAUUGUUCAGGACGGAUGCAUGACACCACCCUGUGAGACGAGCAUGUAAGCUUAAAAGCGGAGGAGGUUUACUGACAAGGACGCCAACUGAUGGGUUGAGGAAAUCCCUCAAAACUUUUGGGCUCUCACCUCUGUCUUGGCAAAUCACUACUUUCCACAAACUGAUAUCUCUUUAGUGUUGUCACAUGGAUUCUUUAUGAAGCACUGAGGGAAGUCAGAAGCACAGGCCCACUGUCUGGGGAGAAUCUGAAGGACACUGUCUCAUGUCAGUUGUUACUGACUUGUUCUUUGAAGACCAGACUAAUGGGCAAGAAGAGAAAACAAUGACAACUGAUUGAUCUCUUAGGGCUCAAAUGUGAGCAUAAAAAAGCCUUGUGUGAAUGACAACAUUUACGACUAUCCUGGAGAGGUCUUGUGUACAACUCAACAGGUAUAAAUAACUGUUUCGUAUUACUUGCUAUAUAGGCCUAUUUAUUUUGAUGGACUACUUGCACCAAGGAAAGACAGAAGUUGGAGGGAUAUUAUAUUUUUAUAUUUGUCUAAUCAACUUUUGAAAAUGUAUCUUUUGCAAGACUUGAAAAUCUAUGAUCAGUCAUUAUUCUGUAUCAUGAUAUCUCAUCACUAUCACAGUACAGGUAUAAGCGAGAAUCCAUGUCAAACACAAGCACACAAUGAAGGACAAAAAGUCCUACUCUAAUAACUUAGUAUGACACAUAUAGAAUUGCACAGUCCAAAACUAAAUAUACAUCUUCUGUACACCGAUGCCUGUCUCAGUGCUUCAACAAUGGAUGUUCGUUUUUCUAUAAUACCUGCACUGAAAAAAGACUCUUGAAAUUGAAAAGGGAAUGGGAUAGGGAUGAAAAGGUUAUUUUGUUUAAUUGCUAGACCACUGUUUGCACACAAAAUAACAAAAGAGAGAUCUUGGUCUCACAUAGAGACGGGUGAAAUGAGCAGACAAAUAAAAACAGAAAGACAGAGAAGUUCAAUGAUUACUCAUGUUUGGGUCAUCACACUCUGCCCGUCCUGAAUGUAUUAUGACAGGUGAGUGGGGCUUACUCCAAUGAAACACAAGCUCUUUACGUGACUGACAUAUCAUACCAUCUUAAAUUCAGGAAUAUCAACUGAGCAGCUUGACAACAAUCACCCAAACACCCUAUCUGUUUUGGUCUCUGUGAGACUAGUGUCUUAUUUAAGAUGGUUUAUUAUAACAUUGGUCUUACCUGUUAUUGUGAGAAUAAUUUUAUUCUGAAAUAACAAUGAUGUACUAUCAAGUUACUUGCUGUGAUCUGGGAACAUGAUGACUUCAAAGAAAUGAUGAGCAAUAAGUCAGAAGGCACGAGCAGUAGGACAUGUUGGAAGAUAAUGAAGGCAAAAGUAUUACCCAAAUAUCCAUCAUGGAUUACAGACCCACCACCGUAAUUGAUGCCUCAGUAGGCGUCAAAGAAAGUAUCUUACUGGUUUUAAUGGUGCAGGAGCGGCAUCCAACAAUUUUCCAGUUUGAUCAGCCAGGAGUGAAAGUAGUCAAGUUUUUUUUUUAAUUCUUUAUACUUCGUUACAUUUUUAUGAACAACCCCGUGCCACACUGAAUGUUUUCAGGGAGAGGUUGUCUGAAAAGUGUGCCAUUAUAUUAUAUUACAAUUAUUUUAUAAUUAAGACUGUAAAUACAUAAUUUUUUCACCCCACCUUCAAUAGUGACGUUUCUGAACAGGUGUAAAUGCAUUUAAACUACUUUCUUUCAAGAAUUAGUCUCUUCAAACUCUUGGCUGCAGUUGAUAUGUUGAACGUUGUUGUAGUGAUGUCACCAUGCUCACAGACCUCAGCAAUUCACCUUGAAAGUGUGUCAUUCUAACCAAAAGAAGAGAUGGGCAAUACUACUGAAAUAAGACCAAGUGGUUAUUAACAAUAUAUCCUUUGGGGGAGGAGGUGUAUGUUCACCCCACUGGCACUCAGUCAUGCAAAGGCUGCACACAUAUGAAGAAUGUGGCCCAUUAGUUCAUGUGAAUCCACACACUGUGCGGUCCUAACUAGCCCAUGUCCAUGUAUGAUUGCUGUAGAGAGUGUGAAAGCAUGUGUCUGUGUGACUUGUUUUGCAUGGGUGCUGAUUGUAAUGUAAAGGUAGUCUAACAGUGACCUCUACAGGCAUUCUCUAGGCACUUGAAUGAAAGGACCGAAUGCCUCUUUAGCACUCUGUGUAAUGGUAUUCAAUGUAUAGGCUCUCUUUUGUUUGGAUCAGUUGUGCAGUUUGAAUGCAUGCUGAUGCUAUCGAGCGCACAUUUAGCUGUGGGCACAACCGAUUAUUCACACACAGAGUGAGCGUAUGGUGAUGGGGCCUGUCACAAGGUGUAACAUGUAUUAUAAUUGUGUUCCCAAGUAUUCCAACUUUUUCUAGAUGAAGAUUUAAAACUAAUUUAGUGCAUUUUUUAAGAAAAACUUGAAGCUGUGUUGUUAACAUCUCAGUAUAUAAAAAAAGCGUGCCUUUUCAUAAAUUUAUGAGAAGGAAAAAAACCUGUACAGUAUGGCCAGAUUUUUGUUUUAUUUGUCUCUCUUGAUUUUUUUCUGUGAUAGUGGAUAAUCUGGGUCUAUAUCUCAGGGUUUGCAUACAUCUACAGCAUUAAGUUGUUCUCGCACCAACUUUAGCGUCAGUUAUUUAGUUUUCAUGCAUCAUGGCUUACAUUUCUAACCUCACUGUGUCGCGAUGUCAUUUUAUUUCAGCAAAUGAAAGUUUUUGUGGAAUGCAGUGGCUUCAGGUUCAGUAGCGAGUUCAGCUUGGCUCACCUUUGGUGCUGCCGCAGCAUCCUGUAUAUGAACUGCAGCACUAUACUAAAAGGACAGCAGACAUUAAGUAGGGGUUAGUCAACCAUAACAAAGACAGAUGCCACCACAAACGGUUUAAAAUCAUCAUAAUAGGCAACCAUGUCAACCACCAGCAGUCAACAUUUGCUUCUGUAACUGAUCACAUAAGUAAUGAAAGCUAACUGAGGGGCUUUUCCUUAGAUGGCGCUGUUGAGCCAUUUUGCCACGCCCAUUUCAAAUUACUCCAGAAUACAAUCACUUUUUUGGGGUUUUGAAUUUCCUGCAAACUUUGGUCGGAAUUUGUCAUGACAUAAAUAUAUACACACAAAAAAAAUUGUAAGUUAUUAAUGGGAUUUUUCCAUCGCUAUACACUGCAGCUUGGGAGCAACUGAGCCCAGGGAUGCUCUGCUUAGAUGCAAAUGAUUGAUUGCUGGAAGUUAUUGUGUAGCCUUUCUUGGUUGACAUGUGUUGACAUCUGUCCUCAUGCGGUGGGAAUGCUUAGUGCAACUUUGCUGCUUUGUUUGAUUAUAUGUGGCUUUGAGCUACCAAAGGUGCUGGUUAUUGUCACUGUUGUACAUCAGGGACUUGAACACAGCUUUGGCUCUCCUAUGCACAACCUCAUGUCCACACAGUCAUUUAAAGAAUCCCACACAGUUUCCAUUUGUAUUUGUUCUUGUAAUCACUGAGCUUUUGUACAGUUAGAUAUCAUACACUCAUAUACACCAGACACUAAACAUUUGCUUCUGCUCUUUUUCUUUUAUCGUUUCUUAAUGUUUCUUCCACAAUCAUCUACUUUGUUUAAGAGUAGCCUGUGUGAUGAUUAGUUUCAUUCAUUAUUUUUAAGGCAACAUAAUGUUGGUGAAUGAUAGUGAAUUAUAGGGACUUCAGUUACCAAUAUGCAAAACAAAUAAAUAUAUUCAAGUGA